GUGGUUUCCUCCAAUGAGGAGCCAGUUGUUGUUCUGAACGGGAGUUAUUUAACUUGAUUAAUAAUUAACUAAAAUAUGCAAAACUACGCAGAGACAAUCAGGGACUUUGUAGAGAGGCACGCGAUCGGCCUCUCUGUUGCUUUUGUUGCAGGGGCAGGCAUACUGGCCUUGCGCAGGUGGAUGGCUGGGGGAGUGUGUCGGAGCAAGGUCAGACUGGAUGGGAAAACAGUCCUCAUCACAGGAGCCAACACUGGCAUUGGGAAGGAGACGGCCCUGGAUAUGGCCAAGCGAGGAGCCAGAGUGAUCCUAGCCUGCAGAGACAUGACCAGAGCUCGCAUUGCGGCUGACGAGAUCCGGCAGCAGAGUGGAAACGGCAAUGUGGUGGUGAAGAAACUGGACCUCUCCUGUCUGCAGUCUGUCAGGGACCUGGCCAAAGACAUCCAGGAGAAUGAGGAACGUUUGGACAUCCUCAUCAACAACGCAGGUAUCAUGAUGUGUCCUAAGUGGAAGACUGAGGAUGGAUUUGAAAUGCAGUUUGGGGUCAACCAUUUAGGACAUUUUCUCCUCACCAACUGUCUUCUUGACCACCUGAAGAAGUCAACUCCAAGUCGCAUCGUCAUCGUGUCUAGUCUGGCACACGAGCAAGGCCACAUACAUUUUGAUGACAUCAACCUUGAUAAAGACUACCACCGCGAGACAAGCUACAGGCAAAGCAAGCUGGCCAACGUGCUCUUCUGCAGAGAGCUGGCUUCGAGACUGCAAGGCACUGGUGUGACAGCGUACAGUCUUCACCCUGGUGUCAUCCGCACCGAGUUAGGCCGCCACUUAUUCCCUACUUUAGCUCUUUGGCAGUGGAUCAUACUCAAGCCGUUCCUAAUGCUGAUAAAAAAUCCCUAUGAAGGAGCUCAGACCAGCAUCUACUGCGCUGUGGACGAGAGCCAGGCAAACGUCAGCGGCCUCUACUACAGUGACUGUGCCCCCAAAAAGCCGGCGCCACAGGCCCUGGAUGAUGCUGCAGCAAAGAAGCUGUGGGACCUCAGUGCUUGCAUGGUUGGUCUGGCAUAAACACAACAGCCUGCUCCUACGGCUGGAGCCAGCUGCCCUAAUAACACUGGUGAAUCAAACACAAAAAAAUAUCAUUUAAUCUAAUGGGUAAGGGCAUUGCAUUAAUAAUGAUUGGACCUCUUUUAGGUCGGAAAAGAUUUGCUCCUAAAGUUUUGCACUAUUUUAUCUCAGACUCCAGUCAGUUGUGUGGAUAUUAAACUUAGCUUAUGGCUUAAUCUUUAUAAUAUGCAAAUUCUGCAUUAUUAUUCUGAGCUUUAUUGUAUAUCUGUGGUAUGGUGCUAUGUCCUUAUCAAAAUGAGUCAAUGCUUGCUUUUUUAAUUGACCAUCUUGGCUGAUUGUCAUCUGAUUAUAUGCAUUUUGGUGGCGGCUGUGGCUCAGGAGGAAGAGCGGGUUGUUCUUUAAUCACAAGGCUGAUUGUUUGAUACCUGGCCCCUCCUUUUAGCAUAUAGAAGUGAGCAAAACACUGAACCAUAAGUUGCUCCUGACGAGCAGGCCAACGCUUGCAUGGCAGCUCCACUAUCAUUGUUGUUUGAAUGGGUGAAUGAGCGGCAGAUGUUAAAGAGCUUUGUCCGGUAAAAUAGAAAGUUCAUUUUAAUGAGCAAUUGCUUUUUUUAACAUUUAUCUUUCUAUUUAACAUUUUUAUUUGGAAUACUAAAACAUCUACUUUUCCAAGAUACUUUCAAGACUUCAAACUGCUGCUUUUAUUCAUUGCACAGUUGCCAACAUUCAGUUUAAUGAUUGUAUCAUUUUAAUAAUUAAUUCUGUAUCAAAUUCAUUGCAGAAAAUGCAUAAAAAACAUGUAAAGCCAUACUACAUUUUCCUAAGAACUACAAGAAAAGGUAGAUGACACCCAAUUUGCGGUAUACCGUUGUCGUAGUAGUGAUGAAGUGUUGCGUGAAGGAUUGGAAGUGACCUUAUGUGUUGGCGGAGGUGAAAAGAUUAUUACACUUCAGAAGAGAGAGGAUCCUCCCCCGGGUGUAGAGAGAGGGAGUGGACGCCUCAGGGGAAAGCAGUUAGGAAGCAGCCAAUAGAUCCAGAAGACUCGUCAGCUUACCGAGUGCCCUCCUGUGUGUGUGUGUGUGUGUGUGUGUGUGUGUGUGUGUGUGUGUGUGUGUGUGUGUGUGUGUGUGUGUGUGUGUGUGUGUGUGUGUGUGUGUGUGUGUGUGUGUGUGUGUGUUUGUGGAUGCUGUUUAUUAUGUUAAAGUUUGUUGCUUUCAUUCUUUGAGGUGAGAAUUAAUCUGUGUGCCUUCUGUAACCGAACAAACUAAAAAAGAACAAAGUGUACAAAAUGGAACCAUCAGCAAUA